GUCUCUGUUAACGAAUACGGUGUCGACUUUUGGGAUUUCACUUCUUUGAAGAAGCUCCGGGGAGUACGAAUUUCCGAUGUUCUCCGCCGUCGUCAGACCUUUCAUCUCUCCGUCGCCACUGCUCUUUCUCCGUCCACUUUCUUCUUUCUCAAUUUCCUUCCGAUCCUCUCACUUGCCGUCUCCUCGUCCUCUCCUUGCCUCUGGCCGUAGUAACUACAGUCGCCAUGCCUUUCUCGGUGACCAGUACCUUUCGUGUUCCAUGCCUGAGAAGCCUCUUCGUGUCGCCGUUCUCCUCAGUGGCGGCGUCGAUAGCAGCGUCGCUCUCCGCCUCCUCCACGCCGCUGGCCAUUCAUGUACAGCUUUCUACCUCAAAAUCUGGUUCCAGGAAGGCUUUGAGAAUUUCUGGAAUCAGUGCCCAUGGGAAGACGAUUUGAAGUAUGCAAAGCAUGUUUGUGAGCAGGUUGAUGUACCUUUGGAGGUUGUGCAUUUAACAGAUGAAUACUGGGAAAGAGUUGUUUCUUACAUUAUUGAGGAGUACCGUUGUGGACGUACACCUAAUCCGGAUGUUUUAUGUAAUACUAGAAUCAAGUUUGGGGCAUUCAUGGAUGCAAUCAGUGAUAUGGAGUAUGACUACAUAGCUUCAGGUCAUUAUGCUAAAGUGGUCCAUCACCAAAAUGAUUCAUCGUCUCUUUUGCAACUAUCACAAGACAUGGUGAAGGAUCAAACCUACUUCCUCUCACAUCUCUCUCAAACCCAGCUUAAGCGACUGCUUUUCCCACUUGGUUGCAUAAAGAAGGAUGAAGUUCGCAAACUAGCUACAGACUUUGAUUUGCCAAACAAAGAUAGAAAGGAUUCACAAGGAAUAUGUUUCCUUGGCAAGAUAAAGUUCAGCGAUUUCGUGGGAAGACACAUUGGAGAGAUGGAAGGAGUCAUCUUGGAAGCUGAAACUGGUGAUUUUCUUGGUAACCAUCGAGGAUUUUGGUUUUACACAAUCGGACAACGCCAAGGCUUGCGUUUACCCGGUGGACCCUGGUAUGUUGUUGAAAAGGACACUAAGAACAAUGUAUUGUUUGUCUCAAGAAACUACUACUCAAUCGACAAGAGAAGGCGGAUUUUCCGAGUUGGAUCUAUAAGAUGGCUUAGUGGGAAACCUUCAGGGAAUGUAAGCAAGCUCCGUUGCAAGGUUCGGCAUGGACCUGGCUUCUACAGCUGCAGUUUUGAGAUGGAAGCAGAAGGAGAUGAUGUUGCGGUUGUGCAUCUAGACGAAGAUGAUCAAGGUCUAGCUGCUGGACAGUUUGCAGCUUUCUACGAAGGAACCACUUGCAUCGGGUCGGGAGUAAUCCUCGAGUCAUGGGACGAUCAGUGUUUCCCUGUCUGUGCAAAAGCUCUUGAGCUCGCAGCGUUGGAGGACAAAACCAAACUCGGGAAACCUGUCAAGAUCAAGACGAUGCCAGUUACGACAUCUGUUGAGGCAGAAGAAAAGCUGGUCAACGCGUGAGACAGGGACAAUGGUCAAUGGUGUAGUAGAAAGUCUCAGGUACAUUCUGAAGCUUUAGAUGACAAAGUGACAAGAGCUUCUCCUCUCCUCGAGAGAGUUUGUAUUGGGCGAACGAGUGACUUUUGUAUUAUCCACAUUUUGGCAUUUUGCAUUGGGAAAGUCAAACUUUGUCACUCUGCUUGUAAAACCAAACGACAGCGUUUAGCGUCGAAAAAGUUAAAGAAAAAGAAGUGGGGUCCACACAGGGAAGAAAAGCCGAGUCAUCGGGUCUGUGUUUUGUGCUGUGUGUCCCACGACAAAAUUAUAUCCAC